AUCUCUCCCUCCCCCCAAUCAAUCAUUCCCUGUGUUUUCUUUCUUCACUUACUUUCUCUCUCUCUCUCUCUACAUAUAGAUACACGCAUCAUGUAUCUAUAGAUUCCGUACGUGUUUUCACCUUCUUCUUUUCUUUUUCUUUCAUCUAGAGAGAGAAAAACACACACACUUCUCUCUCCUCACCCCUCCACUAUUUCUCUAUCUAAAAAGCAAGAACCUUUCUCUCUCUCUCAUCCGAUCAUCAUCGAGACGGAUUCACAUUCGAUUUUUGAUUCUUCUUCUUGUUAUUGUUGUUCUUCAGACACCCUUUACUCUGUGUUCUACGCUUCUCUUUUUAGUUUGACCUUUUUUCAGAAGUGUGUUCCAUAAUGCAUCAUUCUUCACAUCAUUUUCCUUUUGACCCCUCGAAAAUAACAUCAAUGAAUUAUUCGAAAGCCGUUGGAAACGGGGCAAAGGACAUGUUAACAAGAUCUGAUAAUUAUAAUGACGCUUCAAGUGACGCAUCCCUUUUCUCAAGUUCAUUACCAGUUUUUCCCCAUGAGAAGUUGAUAUCGAAUAAUCAAGAGAACGAUCUUCAAUCUCUAGAAGACAAUGGUUUGCUAGAAGAUCUUGCAAAUCACGCAAUCGGAAACUUGUUACCUGAUGAAGACGAUCUUUUAGCUGGUGUAAUUGACGGUAUUGAUGUCAACGCUUUAACUAACCGUGCAGACGAGUUAGAAGAGUAUGAUCUUUUCGGAAGUGGAGGUGGUAUGGAACUUGAAUCUGACAUGGAUAACUUGAACUUGGGCAUUUCAAAGGUGAGCCUGGGCGAUGGCGUCGUUGGUAAUGGGUUGGCCCAUUUUAGUCUUACAAAUGGCGUGGGGACCGUUGCUGGAGAACACCCGUAUGGAGAACAUCCGUCAAGAACUCUAUUUGUGCGUAAUAUUAAUAGCAAUGUCGAGGAUUCAGAACUCAGAGCUUUGUUUGAGCAACAUGGUGACAUUAGAACGUUAUACACAGCAUGUAAACAUAGGGGUUUUGUGAUGAUAUCGUACUACGAUAUUCGUGCUGCUCGAACUGCCAUGCGUGCGUUACAGAAUAAGCCGCUAAGAAGAAGGAAGCUAGACAUUCACUACUCAAUUCCAAAGGAUAACCCAUCAGACAAAGAUAUAAAUCAAGGAACUUUGGUUGUUUUUAAUUUAGAUCCUUCAGUUUCGUGUGAAGAUCUUCUUCAUAUUUUUGGUGCAUACGGUGAGGUUAAAGAGAUAAGGGAGACGCCACAUAAACGGCACCACAAGUUUAUCGAAUAUUAUGAUGUUAGAGCGGCAGAAGCAGCCCUUAGAUCUCUAAACAGGAGUGACAUCGCUGGGAAACGCAUAAAGCUUGAACCUAGUCGCCCCGGUGGGGCCCGCCGAAACCUAAUGUUACAAAUGACUCAAGAGUUUGACCAAGACGACACUCGAAGUUUCCGACUUCAAGUGGGCCCUUCGAUCGCCAGCUCGCCUCCUGGUGUCUGGCCGCAAUUUGGAAGCCCAAUUGAACACAGUCCUCUACAAAGUCUAAGCAAGUCACCGGUCCUUGGCUCAAUGAGCUCUUCGUUCGGCAACGGUUUACCCGGUUUGGCGUCAAUUUUGCACCCGCAACCAGCCCGGAUAGCACCGAUCGGUAAGGACAAUGGAAGGACUAACCGUAACUUCGUUGAACAAAAUAACACAUUUCAACAAUCUCACUCACUUCCAGACUCGAAACUGAGUCAAUUUAGCGAACCUGUGUCUACUUUCGGUGGUUCAAGUGCAACCGGGUCGGGAAUCGAAACGCUAUCUGGUCCGCAGUUUUUGUGGGGUAGCCCGAAUAUAUAUUCUGAUCAGCCGAAAGUACACCAUGGUUUUCGAUCGCCAACAAUGUCUCGCCCAUUUACGACUUCCAUGGGCUUGCCUGGUCCGAGUCCGACACAUGGGUUCCCGAUCACGGGGCGUCACGGUCACGGAUCUUUGCUUCACCAACAUCAUCAUGUUGGAUCUGCACCAUCUGGGAUCCCGUUUGAAGGGCAUUUUGGUCGUUAUCACGAGUCUCCUGAAACGUUGUUCAUGAGCUCACCUGCUUACCGGGAUGUAGGUAUAGGUCACAUUGAUAGAGGCUUUUUAGGUUCUCGUGGGUCCGUAGAAAACGGUUCUCCAAGUUUCAGCACCAUGUCUUCACCCAGGGUCAAUCCUAUGUUUCUUGGUAACGGGCCUUAUGCAGGGCUAGGGCCCACAAUUGCAGAAAGCAUGAGUGAGCGUGGACGGAAUCGUCGUGUUGACCAAAAUGGAAGUCAAAUUGAUAGCAAGAAACAGUUCCAGCUCGAUCUUGAUAAAAUCACAAGCGGGGAAGAUACUCGUACAACUUUGAUGAUUAAGAACAUUCCUAACAAGUAUACUUCAAAGAUGCUGCUUGCUGCUAUUGAUGAAAAUCAUAGCGGUACAUAUGAUUUUCUUUACUUGCCAAUCGAUUUUAAGAACAAAUGCAAUGUCGGCUAUGCGUUUAUCAACAUGCUUUCUCCAACACAUAUAAUCCCAUUUUACCAGGCAUUCAAUGGGAAAAAAUGGGAGAAGUUCAACAGUGAAAAAGUUGCAUCUUUGGCUUAUGCUCGAAUCCAAGGAAAAAUGGCACUCGUGACCCAUUUUCAGAAUUCAAGCUUGAUGAAUGAAGAUAAACGUUGCCGCCCUAUUCUUUUCCAUUUAGAGGGCUCAGAAGCUGUUGAUCAGGAACCGCUGUCUUCAAGUAGUUUGAAUAUCCAAAUGCAUCGGUCAAAUGGUUCGGACUCAGGAGACUCGUCAGGUAGCCCUCCAAAAACUGGUGUGGGUUCUGGUGCGAUCGAUAGGAGCUGACAGCAGGUGAAAGCGGCAGUCUUACUAAAGUGUCAAAAAGAAUAAUGUUCAUCUGAGACUGCUGUCUUUCGUCAGUACAUAUCAUGUAUAGAACUAGGAAAGAUGAAAAGAGAAAAAAAAAAGGAAGCCCCAUGAUCGUAAGGCGAGGAGAACGAUGGAAUGUACAGGUGGAGAUUGUCGUUUUGUUAAUACGCGAAUCAAUCAAAUCUUCUGUUCUUUUCACCUCGUCGUUUUGGGAACCAUUUUCCCGUUUAUUCUGGGAUGGAUGAUGAUGAUGAUUAUUUAGACAUAAAUUUAUGGGUUUCUUGGCAAUUGUAUAGGGUGGGGUUUAGAUCUGACUUUUCAUGUGUUUUUGAGUCUCUUUUUUAGUUGGUAUUUGACUAAAAACUAAUGGGAACUUUUUUUUCUUUGUAUUUCGUGUAUUACUCCGGUAUCGUUAGUUUGUCAUGAGCAGGUUUUUCAUGUUUUAGAGGGACAUCUGUUUUUUGUAGAAGUCCUAUUACAGGUCGGUCGGAUCUAGCGUUAUCGUGCUGUAAUGAGCUGUAGCCGAUGUAUGAAAAUAUGUAUCAUAAAUUCUAAUUGGGUUAUUUA